AUGUCACUUCCAACAACUGUUAUUCAUCUCGACGUUUGGUCCGUCAUUUCCAAGCCGGAGGCCAUCGGCAUCCCGAUCGUUGGCUUGUACUCUUCACUAUUUGCAGUGGCUAUCACGGCUCUAUUUUCUUACACUACAUCACAAUUCAUCAUCAUCAGUACGACCAAGAGCGUUUUGGCUCUACUUUUACCUUUUGCUUUAACGGGUGUAGAUGAAAUUUUCAAAAGCCACGAAGUCUUUCUUGGGCGUCUGAGCUCAAAGCGCUGCAAUUCUGUGGUCCCAUCCGUGGUACCGGAAUCUACUCGCGGAGGCCAAUUAAAUCAUUUUACGCACCAGUCACGUUGCAUCGCCUGA